AUGAAUAUUGAAGAUAGCGAGUGUGCCCAUUGCGGAAACUAUUUACAAUCUAAUGAUACAACAAUCUCUAAAUGUUCUUGGCCACGUAACAGCAAAGAUGUGAAUAUACUGUUUUAUGUUGAAAGCGGACGUUGGCAAGCGAACAAGUUAAUUAAUAUCUUAAAAGUGGUGGUGUUGGUGCUGGCAGUGGCCUGGAAUGGAUUAUGGACAAGUUUCUCAAAAGAUGCUCAUGACUUGAUCAAAAUUCGCAUCAAAGAACGAAUUGCGUCACUGCUAGAUCCACGCUUCAAAAACGAAGGCUUUUUUCUACCAUCGAAUGCUGAACAAGCUGCUAAGGCUUUGGAGUUGAAGCUCUACGAAAUAUUGUCUAUGAAUUCGAAUGCUAGUUCCACAGCUCCAGCACCACCACAAGCAAGCUUUUAUCCUUACCUGCAAGGUAAACUGUCUAAUAAAGUUACAUCAAACAGGGCAGACUCAAUAAUACUAAUGCGGCAGUACUUUGAGCAAAAAAACGAUGAUUACUACACUGGAAGGUUAGUAUUAGACAUGUAUAACUAUUUGUACAGAUUAACCAAAAAAGUCUUUUUCAGAUGACCAAUGAUGAUUUUCAAGCCUUCAAGGCCCUCGCUAAAAAAUAUCUGUGCGUCCCAGCAUCCUCCUGUGCCUCCGAAAGGACUUUUAGUAAGGCAGGACAAAUCAUUUCAGACCGUCGAUGCGCGCUGAAGUCCAAAACUGUAGACCAGUUGUUAUUUAUUAAUAAGAAUUUUGACUUAUAAAGAAUUUGAUCUCAAAAUAUGAAUUUUUGGCGUUUUUAUUUAUUUAUUUAUUUUAAUUUUUUUUAAACCAUCGAUAGUCCCACCAUCGAUUGUUCUCCAGCUCUAAUUAAGACUGAUAACG